AUGUCUUCCAACCAGACUUCUUCAGAGCCCAGUAAAGCCAAUGGCCAAUAUAACUCGAUGAUGGGAACCGCCAAAGAGGCUUUCGGAAACGCCAUUGGUGGUGACUCUUGGACACAAGCAGGCAAAGAGCAACAUGUUCAGGGCGAAGCCGAAUAUAAUGCCGCUCAGGCUAAAGAGUACGCCAAUGGUACUAUCGACCGUGCAGGAGGAAAGAUAGAUUCCGUUAUGGGUGCUGUUACUGGAGACAAGCAACAGCAAAUGGCUGGAAAUGUCCGUCACGAUAAAGGACGGGUUCAGCAAGAGGCAAAUCAACCCUAA